UUUAAUUUAUUAUAACAAACAUAAUUGACUAAUGGCGAGCAAAGGUUCAUAUGCAGUAGUAUCUUUUUGUAAAGAAAAUGGAGAGUUAUCUGUGAUACCUCAGGCGUGGCUGUUAGCAGAUGGAGAUGGCAAGUUUAAUCGUUGCUACUGGCCUCCUUUUGCCAGACAAGAGUCCAUUGAUAAGGCAAUACAUAGUUCAACAGCUUGUUCUAUUUUAUGGGCACAGCAUCCAAUUCGGCUUAUGGCAGUGGCAGAUUCUUACCCAAAAGCUGUUGAGAAAUUAAAAGAUGCUCAGUAUACAUCUGAUUUACAAACAGAAGUUGAUGAAGUCUAUCAACGACCAAAGCGUAAACGAAAAGCAAGACAAUCGCUUGAUGAUGCUGAAAAUGAUAGCGUUGAUGAGAAUGUUAGUUCUCAUAUUCAAGAAACAAUUAAACAGUCAAAAAAGUUAAAAUUCUAUUCUCAAGCACCAAAUGUACCACCUUUUCCUAUUGAUGCUUUGGUACCUGGUAAUAGUAAUACACCUGAUACAAAUGAAAAUUUUGAUAGCAAUUUUAAAGACGAUUUUGUAGUGGGUGAGAGUUCAGAAAAUAGCCAAAAUAAUAACUUUGCUUCAAAGUAUGCUGGAACAGGGACUGAGCAUUUCACUACAAACUUUGAAUUUGUUUUUAAAAACUUUGCAAAACAAACUUUUAAAAUAAUGGCGGAAUUGAAAUCGACCUUGUUAGAAGUCCAAAGUCAGGUUAAUUUAAAUACGCAACAUCUGCAAGCAUUGACUGAUGGAGGUUUUGAAACUGCUGAUAGGCUUUUUGAACAACUUGAAUUGCCAAUUGGUAAUAUAUGUGAUUUUCUUGAUUUAAAUCUGAAGCUUUCAGACAAAGUUUUGUUCAAGAGACUGGUGGUUGCUGUUUCUUCCAAAGGCGGAUCUACAUUAAGAGAAGCCGUGAAAUUUAUGUUAAGGAGCAUGUUAAAUAAUACAGUUUUAAGAAAUUUAAACUGGACAGGGCAACCGUCAAAAACCAAAUUCGGAAAUACAAAAUGCCAUCAAGUUAUUUUAAACGCAAUAGCAAGGAAUAUUCCAACACGAAACUCUACAGAGUGUGAUAUACAAAAAGAAAUUGUUCGCUAUAUACAUAGGUCGAAUGAUAGAGAUGGGGGUCGUAAAGAACGAAAAGAAAGAAGGAAACAUUCGACGCCGAUUAGCAAUAUUACAGAUAUUGAAACAUCUUCAUCUUCAAAUGAUGAUUAAGCUUUUUUAUUUAGAUCUAAAAAGUUCUAAUGGUCUUAUCACAGAGCACCGCCACAUGGAGAAUAGCAUUUAUAAAGUUGGCUCUCCGUUCCCAAUUUCACCGAAAAUGCUUAUAUGCUUCACUAUAUUAAAUAUAUACA